GAUACAGCGAGAGGCAGUAAGGGAACAUCUGUCCGGACACAAAGACAGGUGGCUGGAAGAGAGACAACAGCACAGAUCUGUGGAACCCCAAUGGGAAACUGGGUUGUGAACCACUGGUUUCCAGCUGUGGUGAUCGCAGCAUGGCUGGGCCUCAAUGUGUUCCUGUUUGUGUAUUAUUUCCUGCUGUUUGACAGGGAUAAGAAGUACUACUACACCAGAGUGCUUCUCGGGUCUGCGCUGGCCUGGGCCCGAGCAUCCGCCAAGUGCCUGAACUUUAACAGCAUGCUGAUCCUGCUGCCCGUGUGCCGCAACCUGCUCUCCUUCCUGAGGGGCGCCUGCUCGUGCUGCAGGCGCACAAUGCGGAAGCAGCUGGAUCACAACCUCACCUUCCACAAGCUGGUGGCCUACACAAUUGCCCUCUUCACAGCGGUUCACAUCAUCGCCCACCUGUGUAACUUGGAGUGGUACAACGACAGCCAGCAGGCUGCUGAUGGGAGCCUCUCCUCCAUCCUCUCCGACCUGCACCAAGACGGGAGUAACAAGUGGCUAAACCCCAUCCGCUCCAACAGCACGACGCCGGCCUACGUGGCGUUCACAACCAUCCCGGGCCUGACGGGCGUGAUCAUCACGGUGGCGCUGAUCCUCAUGAUCACCUCCUCCAUGGAGUUCAUCCGCCGGAGCUAUUUCGAGGUCUUCUGGUACACGCACCAUCUCUUCGUCAUCUACUUCGCCGGCCUCGUCAUCCACGGCAUCGCCGGUCUUGUUCGUGGGCAGACGGCAGAGAGCUUAAAGGAGCACAGCCCUGAGCAGUGCGCACGGGACCCUACGCACUGGGGCAGAGAGAAACGCCCCCACUGCGAAAAGCCCGAGUUUGGGAGCAUCCCGGCUGAGUCCUGGCAGUGGGUGCUGGCCCCAAUCCUCCUCUACGUCUUCGAGCGAGUCUUACGCUUCUGGCGCUCUCAGCAGAGGGUCGUCGUCACAAAGGUUGUCAUGCACCCAUCAAAAGUGUUAGAACUACAGAUGCACAAGAAGGGCUUCAGCAUGGAAGUGGGCCAGUAUAUUUUCAUCAACUGUCCCUCGGUCUCGCGCCUGGAGUGGCACCCUUUCACCCUGACCUCUGCCCCCGAGGAAGAGUUCUUCUCCGUCCACAUCCGGGCGGCAGGGGACUGGACAGAGAAUCUAAUUGACACCUUUCAGCAGCAGAAACCGAAGACGCCCAGGAUAGAGGUGGAUGGCCCCUUUGGCACAGCCAGCGAAGACGUGUUCCAGUACGAGGUUGCCAUGCUGGUGGGGGCAGGGAUCGGGGUCACGCCCUUUGCCUCUGUCCUGAAAUCGAUCUGGUACAAGUUCCAGCAUGCAGACCAGCGUCUCCAAACCAAAAAGAUCUACUUCUACUGGCUCUGCCGGGAUACGGGUGCCUUUGCCUGGUUCAAUGACCUGCUCGCCUCCCUGGAGCAAGAGAUGGAGGAAUCUGGCAAAGCAGGUUUCCUGAACUACAGACUCUUCCUCACCGGCUGGGACAACAGCAUUGCUGGCCAAGCAGCUUUCAACUUUGAUAAUGACACAGAUGUGGUGACAGGCCUCAAACAGAAAACAUCCUUUGGGAGACCCAGGUGGUGCACUGAGUUCUCUGCCGUGGCAACUGCCCACCCCCGGUCUGUGGUGGGCGUGUUCCUCUGUGGGCCUGAAGCUUUGGCAAAGAGCCUGCAGAAGUGCUGCCAUCAGUACUCCAGCCUGGACCCUAGGAAGGUCAAAUUCUACUUCAACAAGGAGAAUUUCUAAGCAGCAGGACUCACCGUUCCUAGAAAGAACCACUCUCUUAUCCUCUACUGCUCCUUUUAAACCUGCAGCAGCAUGGCCUGCUGAGGAUGCACUAACACUACCAUGUGUCUGUCACCUGCUAAACUCAAGGAGAAAGUGUCCUUCCAUCACACCACCACAUUCCUCCAAUGGAAGUGUCUGAAUUUUACAUCCUGCCUGUCCUUUGGAGGGAAGGGGAUGGGCCUUCUUGUACUGGGCUCACAUGCAGAUGGACUGAAAUGGACUUUCUGGUGGAAUUAACAUGGUCCUCCAAAGCUGGAUUGUGGCGUCUGCGUAAGAGACUGACAAAGGCUCCUACUGAUGAUUACACUUGGUUUUGGGCAUGGACGGUGAGGAAUUCCAGGAUGGUGGGGCUUGGGGGCGGAGGACAGAGAUCUGCUGCGGUUGAUCCAUCGCAAAGGGGGAAAUAUGCUCCAAUCAAUGUUUCUGUAAGUGACUAUUAAAAUAAACUAAACUUGCUUCCCUUGUAAGUAGCUUAGGAUAAAACCUAACCUCAGUGAACCCCCGUGUCCGAUUUAAGAUGAAAAUGCACAGCAUUAUCUACAGCCUGACUGUGCCGAUGGUACCUGUGCUCUGUCCAUAAUAAAUAAAUACAAGAAGGAAAGGGUAGCAGCAUCACACUGCCACCUGCCCUCCCUUCACAGAAGCUGUCUGGUGACACUCUGAGCAGCUGUCUGAAGCCACAGCAGACAGUGUUGCUGACCCUAGUCUGAAUGACUCACGGAUGAAAACUGGCAGGAAUGUAUCUGGAAUGGAAGAAAAACAUACUACCAGGAACGGAAGAGAUUGUAAAUGAAGCAGCAGCCACAG